GUCUAUAUAGCUACAGUGGUAGGCAUAUGAUCUCUUUCCCGAAUGGUCACUUUUACAUCGGGGCCUCGGGCAUUCUGUCUCACGGACGUGUCUUGCCUUCGAGUACAUCUUUGAGUUUACUCCAUUCUAGCCCUCCAAGAGAGACUUAACUUUCCAUCCCAACUUCAAAGUGUUCUCUUGCCAACCUAGGUUGCUCUUUGGGAGAUAAUUUGGACGUGUUUGAUCUCCUUGGUCGACAGACAGUUUCUUUCUACAUUAUGUCGCCUUGAUCCUUUCAAAGUCACAGGGAUCCACGUGACACUCACGAAACCCGCAAAGUGCUUUAGGGCUGACAGCAAAUAAUUUCCAUUUGAAUGUUUGCAACGUUUAGAGGCUCAGUCUGGUACCGUAACAGUUGUAUGACCCCGCCAAUGUUCUCCCACCAGCUCAAAACAUGCCAGUUGUCCACCACGAAUCGAUGCUCCAUGAUUCCUCUCUUGCUGUCAAUUCGGUAUUCGCAUUCUAUCCACGGCUUAUCCGGCACGGCGAAAUAUUGACUAAACUUGACGGAUGUGUCCCCAAGCCUAAUUUAGGAAUGAUCUCGUAGCCAAGUUCUUCGAUCCUGGGCUCGACAAUCCUCUUUACUUUACUAGGUCCACACAACUGGUUAUGGGGAUUUUUACUUCAUCCAUUAUCUUUCUAGGCUAAUUCAAAAGCAUUCACUGUCCAGUCGUCGUCAUUCCCAGGAUAGGCGGCUUCUUGCUUAAAGGGUUUUCCAACCAUCCCAUACUUUCGUAAGUCUCACGAUGGCGAACAUUGUGGUUGUCGGGGCUGGAGUUUCUGGCUUGACUACUGCACUACUACUUUCCAAGGAUGGCCACAGUGUAACCAUCGCUGCCAAACACAUGCCUGGUGACUACGAUAUCGAAUACACUUCUCCGUGGGCUGGUGCAAACUAUAUGCCCCACGCCCAUAAGGUAGCCAAUGAAGCAGAAGUCCAGUGGGAACGUGACUCUUGGCCAGAACUGAAAAGACUUGCAACAGAGGUGCCAGAAGCCGGCAUUCAUUUUCAAGAGUGUAUAAAUUACCACAGAAAGAAGGACGAUGACACCGCAAGUGGAAAAUGGUCCAAAGAGCUUGCCAAGGUGGACUCGUGGUUCAACACUGUUGCUCCUAAUUUCAGAGUACUCUCAACAUCUGAGCUCCCGAAAACAGUGGACUCCGGAACCGCUUUUACGUCUGUGUGUAUCAACACUAUGAUUUAUCUGCCUUAUCUGGUCGGCCAGUGUGUAAAGAAUGGCAGCACGUUAAAGCGCGCAAAUUUGAAGCACAUCUCAGAUGCUGCCAAGCUUCAUCAUUCGGGGAAGAAAGCAGAUGUCGUUGUCAACUGUACAGGGCUUCUCGCUUCAAAAUUGGGCGGUGUCAUGGACAAAAGCAUUGUGCCAGCUCGUGGACAAGUUGUUGUGGUGAGAAAUGAUCCAGGGUUCAUGAUGGGAAUUUCAGGAACGGAUGACGCAGACGAUGAGCUCUCAUACAUGAUGACACGGGCUGCAGGAGGCGGAACUGUCCUUGGAGGAACGUAUCAGCUCGGGAAUUGGGAAUCUCAGCCUGAUCCUUCGACUGCAACUAGGAUUAUGAAGAGAGCUGUCGAGCUAUGCCCUGCCUUGACUGGGGGAAGAGGAAUCGAGGCUCUGGACAUCAUUCGGCACGGUGUUGGCUUGAGACCAACCAGGAUCUCAGGAGUGAGGAUCGAGCAGGAGAAAAUUGGUGAUACGUGGGUUGUGCAUAACUAUGGUCAUGGUGGUUGGGGAUAUCAGUCGUCCUAUGGCUGUUCUGCAGGUGCAAAGGAACUUGUUGAACAAGUGUUGAAGCCAGCAGCGAAACUGUAA